AUGAGCAGCCUCACAGGAGAGACGCUGCUUUCGCUCUUGAACGCACUUCAGGUGCCUUCGACUGCAUCUCUGGAGCUUCUCCAGACUCAUCGGCCCUUGUCGCGACCGUCUCAGCUCCCCUCGUCCGUGUCGAAAUGGAUCACCCGGCUUAACUCGAGUGUGAGCUCCCGCGACCCUCUUGCGUGCGAUCUUGCCGCGGAGGUCGUUCGUCAGGAUGAGGAGGGCUAUGCAGCGGCUCAGUGCGGAAAGGCUUGGAUGGGAGCAUGUCUCGGAGCUUUGAACUUUGAGCGUGAAGUCGUACACCCUGCCAUGGGCAAGCUCGCUGUGGGCUGCACGAAGCAGAUCGAGCGUUUGCAGAAGGAGACGUCUGUCCUCCCAGUUCUAACGGCGAUGCGUAAUCUGCUUCUCUCGUCUCCCGCCGUGUUCCGACCCACGGCCAACACCCUGCGACCUAUUCUCUACAACAUGCUGCUGAGUGGACCAGAAGUCUUCCGCCUCCCCGCUGCGGACCUGUUGUCGGUGCUCCACUUCACGAGCGGCAAGGCCGGUGCGCCGGCUGCCUGGAGCAUCGAGAUGAAGGAUGCCCUCGGCGGCGUGAGCUCCAGCAUCGCGGCGCUGACCGCGGACGCCUGGGAGGAGGAGCCGAUGCGCGCUCCUGCCUUCCCUGCCCCGGCUUCGUUCCCGACCCCGCCUAUGGAUCCGCUGGCGCGCACUGCGACGUCGGUCGCCGGAGUCGAGGGCUACAUCGAGGCGUGUGUAGCGCUUCUGACGGCCCCGGCCAACCGCCCCGUUCCGAUCCCCCUUGCGCAAGUGAUCAGCGUGGCUCUCCGUCUUCUUGCCCUCAGUCUCGACUCGCCCAUGGCCCCCCACAUCUCACCCGCUCACCGUGCUGCUCUCCUCUCGUCCCUCCCUCGACUGUGGAACGCUGGAGUGCUCCUCCUGGCCUCUGCUGUCACCGUCUGUGGCGAUCACGUUCUUCCUCAUCUCGGGGCUAUUCUCGAGCACACGGUCUACCUCCUCGAGCACAUUCCCGCCACCAUGACCGAGUCUCGUCUGAGGCUGCUGCAUCUGCACUCUCUGCUGCUUGAGCAAUACCCUGCCGCCGUGCUCCCGCUUGAGUACACCCAGCGUCUGCUCAAGUUUGCGCUCGGUGUGAUGGGCUCCGUCAUGGAACAGAAGCAGCCCACGAUUAGCGCUGUCAAGAAGGGCAAGAAGCGUGCGCGUGGACAAGAGGACGCUCUGAUCGGCGGCCUUGAGGGUCGCGCUCCCAAGCCGGUGUCGGAGGAGGCUGCCAAUGUCGUCCUCGCUGCGCUCGACAUGACGCCGCGUCUGCACCGGGCACCCCUCCUCCCGGCUUCGCACCUGACGCUGUCUCUCCGCCUGCAUGUCAGCAUGUACCUCACGCUUCCGUCGCGGACGGCCUCCUUCGUUUCGCCGACAAGCCUGCCGAAACUCAUCUCGGCCGUCACGAGGGCGCUCGAGGGUGCUACUGCGCUCUCGCUGUCCGGAACGGCGCGCGACAUCCGCACUCUGCUCCUGUCGAUCCUUCCGCCCACGUCCACGACCGAUCUUCUCCUGCACCCCGCCCUGCCGCCGAUGUCUCGUCCAGCGCCGCCCCUGGCGCAGCUGCAGUUCAUUCAGGAGAGCGAGGAGGAGCGCAAGCUUCGUCGCGAGCUUGGCUACUCGAACGGUGACGACGAGGAUGAGGAUGAGGACAACGACAUGGUCGUCGACGAGCCGGCCGUCAAGAGGGUGAACGUCCAGUCUGUCACCAUGCAGAAGGUUAGCCCCUUGGAGGCCGUCGCGCAGAGUGUCUCGGCCGAGGUCCUGACCGUCCCCACGCCGGCUCUGAAGACUGCACCGGGCGCUCCUGUUCCCUUUGGAAGUGUUCCGCCCGUGGCAAGCACGCCUGCUGCUCCCGCUCCGGUGGUCGCAAGCGUUCCCUUCGGCUCCACCCCGGCUCCGGCUCCCGUCCCGGCGUCCGCGCCUGUCGAGACUCCCGCCCCUGCCACUGCCUCUGUGGCCGAAGCCAGCUCGACCCCUGCUGUGCCUUUCAUGUCGACGCCGAGCUCCAGGCCGGCGUCCUCUUCCUCCGCGCUCGACCUGCCACCGCCUGCGGCUGACGUGGCCAUGGCCGUGGACGAGGAGGAUGACGAUGACGAGGCGAUCCCCGAGCUCGACAGCGGAAGCAGCGACGAGGAUGGCGACGACGAUGACGACGAAUAG